AUGGCAGGUUUCUAUCUGACCGUUACAAACAGGUUGUGUAGUGUUGAAAGCGCCCCACAGACACCCCAGGGCCCCACAAACACCCCACAGGCACCCCAGGGCCCCACAGACACCCCAGGGCCCCACAGACACCCCACAGGCACCCCAGGGCCCCACACACCCCACAGGACACAUCCAGCGCCCCACAACACUCCAGCCCCACAGCCCGAGAGACACUCACGACACCAGGGACACUCCAGCGCCCACAGACACUCCAGCGCCCCACAAGACUCCAGCGCCCCACAGACACUCCAGCCCCCCACAGACACUCCAGCGCCCCACAGACACUCCAGCGCCACACAACACUCCCAGCUUACAGCCCGAGACACUCCAGCGCCCCACAGACACUCCCAGCGCCCACAGACACCCAGCCCCCACAGACACUCCACGCCCCCACAGACACUCCAGCGCCCCACAGACACUCCAGCGCACCCACAACACUCCAGCGUCCCACAGGACACUCCAGCGUCCUACAGCCCGAGACACCCAGCCCCAGACACCCGCCCCACAGACACUCCAGCGCCCCACAGGCCGAGACACUCCAGCGCCCCACAGCCGAGAGACACUCCCGCCCCACAGGCCGAGACACUCCAGCGCCCCACAGGCCCGAGAACACUCCAGCGCCCCACAGGCCGAGAACAUCCAGCGCCCCACAGGCCCGAGAGACACUCCAGCGCCCACAGGCCCGAGAGACACUCCAGCGCCCCACAGGCCCGAGAGACACUCAGCGCCCCACAGGCCCGAAGACACUCCACGCCCCACACCGAGAACACCCAGCGCCCCACAGCCCGAGAGACACUCCAGCGCCCCACAGCCGAGAACACUCCAGCGCCCCACAGGCCGAGAACACUCCAGCGCCCCACAGGCCCGAGAGACACUCCACGCCCCACAGGCCGAGAGACACUCCAGCGCCCACAGGCCGAGAAACACCCACGCCCCACAGCCCGAAGACACUCCAGCGCCCCACAGCCGGCACGAGAGACACUCCAGCGCCCACAGCCCGAGAGACACUCCAGCGCCCCACAGGCCCGAGAGACUCACGCCCCAAGCCGAGACACCUCCAGCGCCCCACAGGCCCAGAGACACUCCAGCGCCCCACAGCCCGAGAGACACUCCAGCCCCACAGGCCGAAGACACUCCAGCGCCCCACACCGAGAGACACUCCAGCGCCCCACAGGCCCGAGAGACACUCCAGCGCCCCACAGGCCCGAGAGACACUCCAGCGCCCCACAGGCCCGAGAGACACUCCAGCGCCCUACACAAGAGGCUGCCAUUUCCUCCUUCCUGAGACACUCUUAA